ACCAGCGGCAAACCCUAGCUUCCAAUAGCGAAUAUUCGCCAUGAAUACUUCCAAUAGCUUCCUAUAAGCUUUUGUUCCUCCGGCCCCAGAUCGGAUGUUGUUAUCACCAAAAUACCAGAGUGUGGAUUUAUUGUAUGGAUGGUUAAAUUAUAGAUUUUAAACUGAAAAAUUGUUGUUGUUGCUACCUGAUUCGAUGUCUUCUAUGUCCCACCUCGAGCUCUCUUUCAACCCAGAAGACCAGGAUUGCUUCCAUCGUAUUCUUACAUCUCAGUCAAGAAAUCAAUUAAAGAUUGAACACCGCCUAUCUCAAGGGUAUUUUACCAAAUCUUUGAAAUUGAUUCUGAUUCAAGAGAUUUUUUCUUCUAUCCGUCUUGUUCCGCCGGAUUUAUCAUACCAAUUCCGAGAUGUUGACGAUCCCGAUACUGAUUGGAGUGACUGGAGCCUUGAAGUGCACCAUUCACCAGUUCACCCAUCACCUGCAUCAUCAAGCCAAGAUCAGUAUGUUAUCUCCUUAUCUGGAGGAGAACAAACAUAUGCAGGAUAUCAUCAAGACGGUUUUAACUCUUUCAUGUCCUCUACCUCUAAAGGAACAAAAUCGGAUAGUUUCUAUACAUGGUUCAGAAAAAACAACACCCACCAAUCUGAAAGAAUCAAUGAAUCUUACUCUGAAGAAGAAGAAGUUGAGCAGCAAGUCCACAUUCAAGAACCAAUGGAAGAGAUACAACUUCAACAACAACAGCAAGGUCAGUCUAGCCCCAACAGAUUCCUCACAUCGGAUAUUGAGGCUACCUUUGAGGUAGUUUCAGAUUCUUCGUCAGAUUCUUCAUCAAACUCAUCAAGUAGGACUGCGAGACCGGGCUAUAAGAGAGUUAAUCCUGAGUAGCAAAACUAUCUUCAUUAUUCUGGAAUUGGGACCUCAUCCUCGCCAAACAUAUCCGAAAGAAUUCAUGACGACAACCUGUCGCAAUGGACAUCUCAGAAUGCACCUGCAAAACGAUUCAAAGGGAUUUAUGUAGCAGCAUCUAGCAAAUCUGACCUGAACAUCAACAACAGCAGCAGCAUGAACAAAAACAACAACUAUUAAAGAAAAUCAGCAACCAAGGCUGCCAAUCCAUCCUCUCAACAGCACACUCUGGUUAUAUAAGUGAUGACACAUCCGGGGGCCGGUGGAUAUCCACCUUUAUUAGAAAUCUCUGAUCUUUUUGUUUUCUGUUUUAAGUGACUUAGCUAUAAUCUUGCGCCUUAACCUAGCAACUGACUUUUUUGGUUCCAGUCUACCGUGCAGGUUUUUUCAGUUGCCUACUUUUUUAUAUCUAGUCACCUACCAGUUUGCCUUAGUAGUACCUAGAAUAGCUUAGAAUCUAGUUUUCUGUCCUCUCUGUUUUUACAAAGUGCUUUUGUGUUAUUCAAGUCCUCUGUUAAUUUGGUUAUCGUCGGUACUGUAAAUCGAGUCCUCUCUGCUAACACAGAGUGCUUUUGGACUAAUACUAACACUCCCCUUAUAGUUUUUAA